UAUUAUGUUGCACUUUGUACUUUGUACUUAUUUGCUCUCCCCGUUGUUUUUUAAGUAGGUACCUAGGUAUCUCUCUACCUUAGGUAAUCAUCCUGGAAGCCGGUAAGAGGAUGUACCUAGGUACCUAACAUAUGUAAUCUAUUCGACUGCCACCGCCACAUUUUCUCCGCCUCAAUUCAAAUGACAUCGAUUCAAUUUGAUCCAUUGAAUUAAUCCCAUUGAUGAUCUAAUCAGAUAAGGAAGUGUUAAAUCAUACCAUCGGAGCUAGAUAACAAAUCCACUAUCCACCGUUCCCGGGUCUGGUCUGGUCUUGCUACUACUUACAUCUCAUCUAUGGAUAUAAGUUUAUAAAUAUGAUAUAAUAAUAAUAAUCAAUUCGAGAUCUCCAACUACAUAAUUUCAUUUAUUCUUGCUUUAGGUAGCCAUGUCUUUACCGAGAAUACAAAAAACAUGCGCAGUGCGCCAAACAUUACAAUCUCCCUUACGAGAUUUUCUUCUUCCUGCCUUGUCCCAGCCAACUCGAAGACAAUUCUUAAGUACAACCACGAAAAAUAAUGCAACAGUAUCUCCCUCGUCAUCCUCGCCAUCUUCGGCUGACCCGUCGAGGUCUCAAUCUAAGCGGAAGCCUCUUACACAGGAGCAACGCGAUUUUCUCUCUUCAGCUCUCCGUGUGAACCAAGCCGGAGAACUGGCUGCCACUUUGAUCUACACGGCCCAAACGCCACCGCUUGUCAAUGCGCACCCCCACCUUCGGCCCUUGAUGGCUCAUAUGUACGCCCAGGAAGAGGGCCACUUCAACACCUUCAACUCUCUCAUCGCCAAACACCGCGUGCGCCCCACGGCUCUUUACCCCAUCUGGUCCGUCUUAGCGACGGGGUUGGGUUGGUCAACGGCGGUUAUGGGAAGGGAGGCCGCGAUGGCUUGCACGGAAGCUGUCGAGACGGAGAUCGGUGACCAUUAUAACAACCAAAUACGAACGUUGCUGGAAAUGUUCGAGCAGUGGGAGGCCGAAGGGUAUGAAGUAGGCGACGAGCUACAAACCCUAAUUACGACGCUUCGGCGGAUACGGGAUGAAGAGUUGGAGCAUCUAGAUCACGCCGUUGAUAACGAUGCGAAAAAGGCCGAGCCGCACUGGCUAUUAACUGGUGUCAUACGGUUGGGAUGCAGGGGCGCAAUAUGGGUUAGCGAGAGGGUAUGAUGUUGCCAUACCAACGAACCCAAUUGUUAUCAGCCUGUUAGCAGCCUCAAUAAGCCGUGAUGAUGGCACUUCUCUGAGCCUUCUCUGGCAUGCCAUCCCAGUAUAUGAUGGCGGGUUAUCCUUAUUACUCCUCCGCCUUCGAGUUGUCGCCAGCCCGCUUUUGUCGAGUUGUUAUCCUUUCAGCUUAAAGGAUCUCAACUAAGGCUAGUAACUAUGAGAUUCGUUCGGCACGAAUGGUAAAACUAUACUUGGGCAAAAUUAUACAUGUUGCACAACUGCUACCACACAGAUUGGGGUGAUAUAGAUCACAGACAUGUAGUUUGUAAGAUAUUCUACUGCAUUCUUAUGAAUAAGAGAAGGAUAAAAAACCAAUUACAUCAUUGAACACCAGCAUCUCGGUUUAAACUUCGUCCCUAGGUAGUAAACAUACCUACCCUAAAAC